GGUAAAUAUCAUGAAGUUCGAGAGAAAACUUACAAGUCUGUCCACUCUUUUAGAUCUACUCUCUUGCCAUUCAAGAUGCGUGUGCUGAUUGUCAAUAACGAGGCUGGCUCUGUUCCUCUCAUAAUUAUAUGGAACCGUUGUCAUCUGAAUCUUGAUAAUUCCCCGUCGGGUUCAGUGUAUCGAAUUUGCAGCGUUAUAUUGUUGAUAUAAAAUCAAAUUAUAUUUGAGCUAUGGCGGAGGAGGAGCCAUUCUACUACAUGCGCCCUGGCCAUGUCAUUGCAGCGGCUAUAGUCCUUUCCGUGAUCGAUAUUUUCGUCGUUGGGUUACGAUUUUGGGCCCGUAAAGUCCAGAAACAACCACUCAGGGCUGAUGACUGGCUCAUGGUGCCCGCUACACUUAUAACCGUGGGGAUUGGCAUUUGCCAACUCUACGGUGUUUCGCAGAAGGCACUAGGGUAUCGAACUGUGAUACCGGACGGCUUUCAAGGAAACCCUUUCGAACUUGUUACUCCGCAGCUGAGUCUUAAGUCACAACUCGAAUGGAUUUUCUUCCUCAUGCUCCCCAUAGCAACAGGGUGUAUGAAGGCGAGCUUUCUAUUCUUUUACAUGCGUGUUUUCGCGACCCGGGAGCGUAGCGCUAUCAACAAAUUUCUCAAGGCGUUCAUUGUCUUUAUAGUGGUGUGGGUCGUCGCCUUUUUCUUCGGGAUGUUUUUUGAAUGCGGUCGCAAUUUCUGGGCUAUCUGGAACUCGCAGGUGGAAUUCCAGGCGCGUUGCUCCAGUAAUAUGAAACUCAUUCUUACUCUAUGUAUUACUGACUUCAUCGCGGACGUAUUCAUAAUCUGUAUUCCGAUUCCACUGGUGUUACGGUUACAGUUAUCCCCUAGGAAGAAAUUAGGAGUCUGUUCACUAUUCCUUCUUGGAAGCGGGACUGUCGUCGCUUCAAUAGUACGAUUUGUACUCAUGGCUGGAAGCUAUAUAGGAAGUAUUAAUAUUACAAACGAUAGUAUUCUUGGAACGACGGCUUGUCUAUACUGGGGAAUGGUCGAAUGCGGCAUAGGAGUUUUAGCAGCAUGUCUACCGACUAUCCAGUUCCUCUUCAGGAAAUGGAUUUGGGAGCCGGUCCUCUCGUCUACCAAAAGCAUAUUCAGUUCGGAAUCUACCCAGGCGACUAGGACGUCAUGGGCCGACGGGUCGCAUCAAGCCUCCAUUUAUGUACAACAAACAUUCCACGUUGCCUAUGACCAAGUUCACGACAGCUCUAGUCGGUCAACAUCGCCGAAUAAUUUGCCAAACAUAUCGAACGAGAGACUCGUACAAGAAUCAUACCCGAUGCAAGACAAAUGUGUUAGGACGGUUGCGUAACGGCUAGAAGAUAUAUGGUUAUGGUCCUAGACUAAAGAGGUGGUAUGUACGUGGGACAUUCUGAACAUGGUAUAGGGGUUGUUAUAUGUGAUGGAUGAAUCCAGGUAACUCAUUCUGACAUUUCAGAGUGCGUUGAAUUCAUUUAAUAUUUUGCAUACUUAUGGUUCACCUAACGACUUUAAGGGCCAGUAUCGGGAUCACGGUGCGACCAAGAAAUGUAUAAACUACUUGGGUAGGUACCUACCUAGGUUCCUAUGUCGUCGCGCAAUGAGCCACUACCUGGGUAUCUUGAACCAUGGGCAAUACAUACUUAAAGUAUACCCGUAACUAGAUCCUGGACUUCGGAUACCAAUUACGUCUACGAACUCCUUUAUACCUCGUUAUCGAAGCGCACAUAUCGUCGACAAGCACUCUGAGAUCCUUUGAGCCAUCCAAGAAACAGGCUGACAGUUUCGGCGUGAUAGUCUCUGUGACUUCUAAGGUUCAUGAUUUCGAGAACUCUACUUCAGUAUUGGAGUGUUAUAUAUUGAUAGAUAAUAAUAAUAGGA